AGUUACGAUUAAUUUUUUUUUUGUUAUGUAUCACUUGUAAACAAAUCACUUUUUUUUUAUUCUGAUUAAUGUACAUCCAAGUAAAAACCUGUUUGUUCAAUUAUAGGUCACACGCAGCUUAGAGUUAUAUGCAGCUUAUCUAUCCUUAUACGCGCUUCUUUUUUUUUUUUUCUUACCUUGCAUUUUAGUGAUGAGACAAUGGAUAAACAAUAGCAUUUUCUGAAAAAGGCUAUCCAUCCAGACUCUAUCCGAAAUGUAGGUGAUUAUAUCUGUUUUAUUGCCGUUACGAUUUUUAAAGAAAUAAUCGGUUAUUCAAACAAGUGUUGCUAUGAGGCAGCGAGAGAAUUUCGAGUCGUUUCCCGGUUCUUCUUUUUUUUUUUUUUCUUUUUUCUUUUUUUACUCACUAUAAAAAAAGAAUGGCAACAUUAGAAAGAAAAAAGAAACCUGCCAUUCAGCAGACUAGAACAGAAGAUGAUGACCUCACGGAUGACCCAGUGUUGGCAUGUCUUUCCAGAGAGCCCAUGGAAUACAAUUGUCUUUCAACCCAAGUGAUUGUCUCUCUCGAGUCGGUGAAACAUAUCUGUCUUCAAGUGCUUGAUUUAUUACUGCUUAAAUUGGUGCAAGACAUUCCUCGUAAACAACAUCAGCGUAGACGCUCGAUCAGUUUAUUGGAUUCCAUCACCACGACAACCAAUCUACUGCAAGAAACUACCAUGAAGCGCAGUCAAUCAUCACCACCUCCCUUAGCAACCACCAUCUCCGACGUACACCGCAUACUUGAUAAUCAUCCGUCCGAUAACCAUGGCUACACAUUAGCUUGCUCUUUAGCCGCCUUAUUAAAUGAUGUUUAUCGGCUUUUGGAGCUCAAUUCGAGUCACUUGUAUCAGGUCGACACAAAGAACAAUAACGGAGAAUUGCCUAUUAUGGACAUCAGCCUAUUACAGCAAGAGUUACACGAACAAGUCACCCAUUUCCAGUCAGAAAGAGCACAAGGCAAUAUUACGAUCGAGGAAAACGAUGCCAGCCAAGAAAUGAUGAUCUUGUGGGAUGAAAUGGAUCAUUUGAUGAAUAUUGUGAAUGGGCUGGUCCUUCAAUUACCAACGCCACUACAAGCAGCGCCACCACCUGCAUAUCCCAUCGAAUUACCGCCACCCGCCUAUGAUUCUCUUUUAGAAAAGGGGCAUGACUUGGAUUCUCUUUUGAACGCUAUCGAUCGAUUGUCAGUGGUUGCACCGCAAUUAAACAAUCAGCGCGUGGGAUUGACCACACGACAGGUGGAUGCAUUAGCCGCUGCUACUUUGGGUAAAACCGUAGAACGAUUAUCUACCCGACGUAUGGAGAACCAGCGCGCUUUUCUGCCUUUAAAAUCAAGACACGAGUUAUUACAAGAUUUGAUGCAUCAAGUGCAAAAAUCCGCUUCGAGGUCAUUGGACAAUCAACGAGUAACACUUUCGGUGGAUCAGCAAAAGAGAUUGGAUAUGGCUUCACUGGAUAGUCUGCUCGAUCGAUUAGAUGAAAGACGCUACAAGAAUCAAGACUUUAUUUCACGAGAAGAAAUCUUGAUCAAGGACUUGACACAUACCACCGACUUGCUGGUCAAGUCCCUGAACCGCCCCGCAUAUCAACGCCAGAGAUUUAGCAUGUCCGCCUUGAAAGGCGGUUUGUUUCAAAAGGGGCCAGAUAAACACGAUUUAAAUGAAUUGCUGGAUAAUAUCUAUAAAUCAAAACCUCAAUAUACAAACCAGAGAGCAAGCUUCUCUUUAUAACCCCCUUUUUAUUUAUUUAUAAUAUUAAUCAUCAUUUUAUCACUUUCAUGUUUUCAUUGUUUGCUCUUCUUUCCCCUCUAAGUAAGCUACAUACACUACUUGCAGGUGACGUGUGAAAUUCGAUUUUUUUGAUUGAAAAGCCGAUUCUGAACGAGGGGUAUUGUUA